AUGGAGGCUGGGGCCAAUGCUGGGGGGUCCUCAGGUAAAGCCCAGUCAUCGCCAGCGUCAGCUGCAGCUUCGGCGGCCAAGUCACUGCUUUAUCAUGACUACGCCAACGAUUCGAAGCUGUCCAUUUCUCUGAGGCGUUAUAAACUGAAGGAUCAAGUGGUAUGUCCUAACUGUGGUCAGUUCCAUGAGCCUCAGGGAACUCAUCUGUACGACUACCACCAGGCGGUAGAUGAGGACCUCAUGUGUCAGAUCUGCCUCCAGCCACUGGUCAACCCACUGGACACUCGCUGUGGCCACACUUUCUGUUCACGAUGCCUUCACAACUACCUCAAGAUCCAAAGCCAGUGUCCUGUGGACCGACAGCGCCUUGAGGACUCGGACAUACAGCAAUCCAGCAUACUAGUCAGGAGGUUGUUGGACAAGCUGUUGGUGGUGUGCCCCAAUGUCGACUAUUGCGAGGAAGUUCUGCCACGUUCUGAACUUGAGGCACAUCUACUUCACAGGUGUCGUGGUGCUGUUACCCGAUGUAUAAAGUCUAGUCUUGGCUGUACAUUCCAGGGGCCAAGAAGUGCCCUACAGAGUCAUCUAUGGGAGUGUCAAUAUAGGGACCAAGAUGGAGGCAAGAACCCAGUGAUGGAUGGCGAGGUGUCCACCAUAGAAAUCCAACGCACACAGGCUGACCUGGGCAUCAGUGUUGUGGGAGGCUGUGACACACCCCUGGCUUGCAUUGUGAUACAGGAGAUAUUUCCAGAUGGCGUCAUCGCUAAAGACAGCAGGCUGUUGCCAGGCGACCAGAUUCUAGAGGUUAAUGGUGAAGAUUUGACUCAGGCUACACAUUACCAGGCACAGCAACUUUUAGGCCAGUACUACCCAGUUUGUAGGCUGACAGUGUACAGGGAGAAGGCGGAGGAGAGUAGGCCUAUAGAGAAGGAAGAAAUCCUUAAAAUUACACUUAACAAAGUCAAGGGCAGACAACUGGGUAUCAAGCUUGUUGGCAAAAGAAGUGGGCCAGGUGUUUAUAUAUUAAGUUUGGUGCCAGAAAGUUUGGCUGCUUUGGAUGAGCGACUUCGGCCUGAUGAUCGGGUCCUUGAGAUAAAUGGCAUCGAUGUGUCAUAUGGUACACAAGAACAGGCGGCUCAUAUAAUACAGACGAGUGCUGAUAAAGUGCAAUUUGUGAUUUCAAGACGAAGUCGUCCUCAAACCCCAGACCUUAUUCGAUCUACCUCUGACAGCUCUACAACAGCGACCAACUACAGUAUGAUACGCGACAAUACUCCCUCAUGUCCGAAGUGUCAUGAACGUCUUGUCACCGUCACAAAGGACCCACUUGAGACGCUGGGUAUAAGUGUAGCUGGAGGACUAGACAGCCCUCGCGGGGACACGCCUAUCUACGUCACCAAUAUAAACCCUCUCGGCUCCCUCGGUCGCACCAAGCAGAUAAAGAAAGGGGAUAUCCUGCUAUCCAUUAACGGGUCAAGUCUGCUAGGACUUACGCACAACGAGGCGGUCAGUCUGGUUAAGAUGAACACAGACAACAAAGUGGUAUGCCUGAAGAUCAUCAAUGGUCCGGAGACAUCCCACAACCAGGGCAACUUUACACCAACCUGGCUGUUCUGGCAGCAGAUGCCUCGGAUGUGUCAGACACUCAAGACUGUCACUCUUUUACGCAGUCCCAGUGGCUCUCUCGGGUUCUCCGUAGUGGGCGGGGUCGACAGUGAGAAAGGUAUUCCCCCCUACCCAGUGUAUGUAAAAUCUGUUGUGCUGGACACGCCAGCUGCCAAGGAUGGACGACUCAAAUGUGGGGACAUUUUACUAAGUGUGAAUGAAGACAGUUUACAAGGUGUGACACAUACUAAGGCUGUGGAUUUACUCAAAAUGGCUGACGGUGCUGUAGCACUUACAGUUGUGUCUUGGCCUGGUACCAUUGUAUGA